AAAGCCAAAUGGUCAAACUCUUACUGUAAUCAGGCGUCUUGAUGGUGAUGUUUAUGUGCCACAGUGAUGACUUAAUAACAUUUAUUCAUCUGGCGCCAAAGGUGGAUACAGCAGUCUGUCAGCGGCGUCUUGUUAAGACUCUAUGUUUUUUUGCUGCUGCGUCCAUGGCAACUAACAUUAGACUGAAUUAAAUAUUUGGAAACAUAAAAUAUGUAUAUAAUUAUUAUUGAAUUAAAGCCAGUUAUAGAAGGCUAGCCUGAACAUAACAGUCUCAGUGUUGACGCUACAACUUGUUUUUGGCAGCCGCGCCGCACAGCACGGUGGCCGCGUAUGAGCACCAGACGGCUUUGACAGCGCUGAGAGAGGAGGGUGUGGAAGUAAAACAGAAAUGAGGUCGGCUGGCUAGUUUCGGCACAACACGGCAGGUGUUUUACUGGUAGUUUGGACCAGAUCAACUCCCUUUACACUUUGAAGCUUCAGUCCCCUAAAAGCUUCAUGCUGGACAGUCUGGUUGAGCUAUGCUGCAGUGUGAAACGUUCAGUGUUUUUUUGCUGGUUGGGGUUUGUCUCUCAGCAUGGGCUGCUCCAUUAAGGAGCACCUCCUCACCGCAGGCAAGGCGCUGUGAGAGGACAGGACAGGGAUCCAGAGAAACAUCUGAACAUCUAGGAGGCCACCAUGAUGACAAGCUGUGUGUAGUGUCUUCCAUGAAACUGCCAGAAUCAUCUCCUCAUGUACAGGAGUGGAGAGAACCAGGAGAUGCAGAGGUUUUGACCAGAGAUGAAGGGGAAAUUGCAAAGACAGAUGGAACCAAAGGAAUCAGUGGACAGGCUGAGCUGGCUCGGGCAGGAGGUGAAGCUUUUGCAUGGUACAAGGGAGGUUCCAAUGAGUCCACUGAGAACAAUACUUUAUCUGCACCUCCCACUGGCUCAUUUUCUGUGGUGGGACGUACAUUAGGGGCCGGAAAUGUAAAUGUAGAAAUGGAAUCUAUUACAUCUGUAGACCAAAUUAAGCCUGUGCAGAAAGUAGGGCCAUCUAUGUCCCUGUUUGGGCUGAGCACUGAUAGACCAGCAGAGACACAAGUUGUACUAGGACGCAGUGAGUACAUCAGACCGGGCAGCUUGCUUUACACAGAUUUAGAGGAAGAUAAGGGGAGUGUACAACCUCGGACAAGAGAUCUUCUACAAGAGCAGGAGGGAGGAUGGGAGGUAGAGACAAUCAAAAAGAACCAAUCUGCACAGCUUAAUCCAACCAAACCCCCAUUCAUGGUCUCAUCCAUUACUCACGACUCUGCAAGUCAGUCUCCCUGGACCAUCAUCAACCCUGCGGCGACAUCUCUAACCACUUCAAGCAGCUCCGAUGGAGAGAUUGGAGGUUCUAGAGUAGCAGAGGAGGAAAUCCUCUUUACAGCUGCAGAGCUUCAGGAUAAAGCACUUGCCCCUGGACUCCUGCAGCCUGACCUGACACUUAGCUCCAGACUGCCAGAGCUUGGAGGUACCUGGACUGAGCCACUUCAUUUGCAAGGAGUGGAGGAAGUGAGUAUCUCGCCCUUAUCGCAGGAGGUGGGCACAGAGGCAACCAUGUCUUCUGAAGACCUGCCUCUGAUCUUUGAGCCGCUCGAUGAUGUGACACCCCCCAGUGGCUCAGCAUUGGCAUCCGAGAUGUCUGUCGCCAUGGCGCCAACAACAGGGAUGCUUGGGGAGGCAGAGCUAGAGCAAACGGUGUCCGUGGAUACGGAGCACGUUCCUCCUGAUGCUUCUCUCCUGGGGCCGUCUGAUUGGCCCUCGCCUUGGCAGAUGUCUGGUUCUGAGAAUUCGGAUGCAGUCUCACCGUCUCAAAUGCCAGUCAACAGACCUUUCUCUGAAGCAGACCUGGAGCUCAGUGAGAGGACCGAGAGGCUACAGAAUAUAGAUGUCAUCUCGGCCUCUGUAGGAACCUUAUCACCUUCUCUUGUGUCAGCCACCACUCAGAAGGGUACAGACACUGAGCCAACUCCCUCGACGGUGCUGAAAAUGAAGUCAGGGCUGCAGGAACUGGAAUCAGAAGAGGAUGAGGAUGAAGAGGAUGAGGAUGUAGAUGAAUCUGAGGAGGAAGAAGAGGAUAGUGAGGAAAACUUGACUGAAGCCACUGUCCACACCCCUACUCGUCCUCCUUACAGCCUUAUCCCUCCUCCACCGGUCUGGGGGCAGCAGAACCAAGGCCUCAUACGUAGCUGGGUUGAACUUAUCCGAGAAAAGGCUGGCUAUGUAUCAGGUAUGCUAGUACCUGUAGGUAUCGGUAUUGCUGGUGCUCUUCUUAUUGUUGGAGCACUUUAUAGCAUCAGAAUGAUCCAUCGCAAGAGGAAGAACAGCUUCAAGCACCAGAGGCGGAAGCAGCCCAAAGAAGUGAGAAAUGGACCAGAUCAAGCAAUGCUACUGGCUGACAGCUCAGAGGAUGAAUUUUGAAUCCACUUAACACCAGCCAUGCAUGUCCCAUGUUCCACCUAAACAGAAAUACAAAGUGAAGGUAGUGGCAGAAAGAGGUCAGAUACAUGUUCUAGGCUCUCAGUCUCAAAGAUAGUUUCCUCUUGGACAUGGGCUUGGCCAUCUCUCACUCAUCCAGAUCCAAUCACCACAUAUUUGAAAUAAGCAAGCCCCAAUAUGUGAAGUUAGUGUCACACUAACUGUUUAGCUGUAUAUAAAGACAUAUGUAUGUACAUUACUUAAUAUAAUUAACGUAUGAACUUCACUGCAAUAUGGCAGGAUGUUACUGGUUAAUGUCUAUGUGAAUAAAGAAUAAAUAAGUCAUAUUCUUGGAUUUCUGUAAUUACAUUUUUCCUAUUUGUAAAAAUGACAGUUGAAUUUAGUGUAAAAAUCCUAUUGUACUUAGAAAAGAUUAAAAAAAGUCAACAUUUUUGUGUAAAGUUCUUCAUGUCAAAACAACUUUAAAUACAGCUGCUUAUAUAAGUGACGAUACGUUUCUGUGUCCGAGUUCAUGCUGAUGUAAGCUUUGAAUUACCAUGAAACAUUCUUUUUUGUCUUUUAAAGACACAUAAAUGUCCAAAGGUGAUACUGUACACUGAUGGAAAACCAAGACACUUAUUCCUUCUCUCUAAUGUCUGGGACUUGACUACAGUUAAGACAUACAGUACUGUCCUAAAGUCAGAGACCACCCUUACAGCUAAAUAUGUUAUCAAUCCUUCAGUAUUGUGUGUAAACCCUUUGCCUCUAUUCUUUUCAAGCUUAUUUUAAAAUCUGCAGGGAUAUUUUUCCACACCUACGAAGUUCAGUCUUAGAAGUUGGUUGCAUUUUUUGCUUGUCAUGAUCCAAGCAAUCCCAAUCUAAUUCAGUGAACUGAGGUCUGGGCUCUGGGGAGGUCAGUCUAUUGUUCUGAGAAUACCAGCAACUUCUUAAUUUGCAGAUCUUCUUGACAGAUACACAUCCUUUCAGACCCAUAGUGUAUCGUUCCUAUAUAACUUAUAACCCUGCCCCCCGCCUCCUUACAUUCCUCUUGCUUAUAAUUUUAUUAUCGUAUAAUCUCAAGAAAUUUCUCCUGAAUGGAUAACUUUUAUAACUAAAUAAAUUGUACCUCACGCCCAUUUUGACUGGAAAGUAAAAAUAAAAACGGGUAGUCUCUGUACUUCGUUGCUGCAUAGCAUGAACCACUGUAUGGCUCAUUUUUGCUGUAUUAUUAUUGUUAACAUUUUGUUAUUGUUAAACUGAAUGUCAUGUUCUACUGCAUUUUGUGACAAUCUCCCAACUCUGCCUCUGUGCUUAUGAAACACAUUGCCUGUGCGUAUGUACAUCAACAACCAUACUUUUGCUGUUACAUUAAAGGACCUAAUAAUGAAUA